GAAUACGGGUGAGGUGUGGGAUAUAUUCUGAGGAGAAACUCAGGCCGCAUGUCGUUUGCGCUCGCGCGCCUUCGGCCGUUUCCGCCGCGGCCUCCGCCGCCAUUUUGUCCUCCUCGCUGGCUGCUGGUCCGAGGCGCGGCGAGUGUUGUUAGCAGGGACACAUCACCGAGAGGAUCUCCGGCAAUGGACGGUAUUGUCAGUGAUGUUGCUGUUGGCGUAAAGAGAGGCUCGGAUGAACUGCUAUCCGGAAGCCUUUACAACAGUCCUAGCUCUGGUAUGAGUGGGAUUGCUAAUGGAAAUGAUAACAAGAAGCUGAGAGUAGAAGAUCGAAUGGAGAGUCCCCCAUCGCGUGUGCUCCACAUAAGGAAGCUGCCUAGUGAAGUGUCAGAGACAGAGGUGAUCGCUCUGGGCCUGCCUUUUGGGAAGGUUACCAACAUCCUAAUGCUCAAAGGGAAGAACCAGGCCUUCCUGGAACUUGGAACCGAAGAGGCAGCUAUAACUAUGGUGAAUUAUUAUACUGCUGUGACGCCACACGUGCGCAAUGUUCCUGUCUUCAUCCAAUUCUCCAAUCACAAAGAACUGAAGACUGACAAUGCUCUCAACCAGCGUGCACAAGCUGUUCUUCAAGCAGUAACAGCUGUGCAAGCGGGUGGUACGCCAACUUCGGGAUCUGCAGCCAGUGAGAGCGCUUUGACGCCAGCCCCGAGUCCAGUGCUAAGAAUCAUCAUUGACAACAUGUUCUACCCCGUCACUCUGGACGUCCUUCAACAGAUUUUUUCCAAGUUUGGAACAGUUAUGAAGAUUAUCACAUUCACAAAGAACAAUCAGUUUCAAGCCUUGCUGCAGUUCAGCGACCCAGUGAAUGCCCAGCAGGCUAAACUGUCCCUUGAUGGUCAGAACAUCUACAAUGCCUGCUGUACACUACGUAUAGACUUCUCCAAGCUGGUCAACCUCAAUGUUAAGUACAACAAUGACAAGAGUCGGGACUACACCCGUCCAGAGCUGCCAGCUGGAGAUGGCCAGCCAGCCGUGGAUUCCUCGGGGGCUGCUGGCUUUGCCAAGGACACAUCUUCCCUACUUGGUACCCCAUCUGGAAUGGUGGCUCCCUACUCCAGUGCUGGCAGUUUUGCGUCAUCCCUCAGCUUUGCGCAGGGCGGAGGGGCACUGAGUCCUCUAAGUGCAGCGGCGGCUGCAGCUGCAGCAGCUGGCAGGGUGGCGCUCUCUGGCCACACAGGAACCACUGGCGUUCUUCUGGUCAGCAACCUCAAUGAAGAGAUGGUUACGCCCCAAAGUCUGUUUACCCUCUUCGGGGUUUACGGUGAUGUUCAGCGUGUGAAGAUCCUGUAUAAUAAAAAGGACAGCGCACUUAUACAAAUGGCUGAUGCAAAUCAAGCCCAACUUGCAAUGAGUCAUCUGAACGGGCAGAAAAUGUAUGGAAAGAUAAUUCGAGUGACUCUAUCAAAGCAUCAGACAGUGCAGCUGCCAAGGGAGGGCCUGGAUGACCAGGGGCUCACCAAGGACUUCACAAGCUCUCCGUUGCACCGCUUCAAGAAGCCCGGUUCUAAAAACUUUCAGAAUAUCUUCCCUCCCUCAGCAACUCUUCACCUGUCAAACAUCCCACAAGAUGUAACGGAAGAAGACCUCCGGCUGCUGUUCUCAAAUUCCGGUGGUACUGUGAAAGCGUUCAAAUUUUUCCAAGAUCACAAAAUGGCACUCCUGCAGAUGUCGACAGUCGAAGAAGCGAUCCAAGCCUUGAUCGACCUCCACAACUACAACAUGGGGGAUAACCACCACUUAAGGGUCUCCUUCUCAAAGUCGACUAUCUGAGCGAGCUUGAGGCACUUCCUUGUGCUCUCCAGUGAUGUGACCUGUCCAGUGAUCCUGGACACUGGGGACCACUAUUGUUUUUGGCAUUUUACAUUAUUGUCAGUCAUUCCUUAACACGAUGGACUAUAGGAACGUGGAUCGUAGAGAGCAGGUACCUCUCUGCUUUGGGUACGCUGUCUUUCUCAUUUGUCUGUUAGGCAAGCCAUUAACUUUCUAUUUCUUCACAUGAAGGAAAGAAGACUUCUUUUUAUUAGAAUGAUUUGAAAAGAUAUGUGCCUUACUUGACAAACAGAACCAACAUUUCAUCCAUACAUUUAAGUACAUUAUGUUAGGCACAUUAAUUCAGAUGGUCUACAAAUGGAAUAAGUUAAAAGGAAAAUCUGUUUUUCUCCAUAUGUAUGUGUACAGUUUGUUCAGCCAUUUUAGUUAAGUGUAGACCUUAGAGUACAAUUUCCUUUCCUCCUGAUUUUUUUUUUUUUUUUUUUUUUUGAGAAUUCGUAAUUACUUACAGGUAUGCGAGAAACACAGGGAAGAGUCACUGAACAAGAAUGGAAAUGAUUAAUUUAGUGGAUUAACCAUUAAUUUGUUUUAGUUUCUUUCCAGACAGCCAAAGAUGAGCUUUGAUCUCAGUUCAGUCUCAUACUAACAUCCGUUUACACAUCAUCUUCCAUUGGAGUAUUGGAGUACAAUAUAGUUGUUGCAUAUUAAGCUUGAAUAUACUCUUUAGAUGUUCUUCAUCCUUGUGUAUGUGCAUCUGUUGUACCAUUUUUAGUUAGUGUUUGAAGUUUGAAAGUGGCUGUGAAUUUCUGAGCAUGUGCUGGUGAGUCCAGCUGGUUGUGAAGCAAAAAGGUGUUGCAUGCAUUACAGAGUGGACAGAAGGGAGGUGAGGUUGCUGUAAGACCAGGACGCAGAACGAGGGGCCUAGACUGUGGCUGUUACCUGUCAUGGACAACCUGUUGGGACCAAAGUUUAUGUGCCUUUAGUCUUAAAUUACAUUUCAUUGUACUUUUUUCUCAAACCCUUAAAAUUUUGUAUGAAAAAAUUAAACUUUCUUACAAUCAUGGCAUAGCAUCUACAAGUGAAUGGUUACUCUGUGGUAUUGCUGUGUCUACGUUUUGUUUCAGGUAUGGUUAAUCCCUCUACCCUAAAACCGGGGAUGAAAUUCCUUCUGAGUUUGGGGGCAGCACUGGGGGAGGGAAUAUGUACAUUUUCCAUUUAAGGUGAAUUUGAACAUCUUCGGAAACAUUGAGAAUAAUCUGACGACAGCAAAAUUAAAGUUUUCUUUAAGUUGGGAGAUAUAGUGGGGUCUUUUGCUUUUGUUUUCUCCCUGUGUGUACUCUGCUUUGCCUCUGUAGCAUGCUGAAUAAACUCUUCUGUAGCUCUGUGUUCACCUCCUCUGCCUCUGUUCUGGCUUUCUCUCGCUCUCUCACUCUCUCUGUCUCUCAGUUCACCAACUUUGCUUCAGUUUGAUCUUCUGUUGAUGUCUGAUGUUAGGGGUUGGAAAGAGGGUGCAGUAUCUCUGUCAAAUGAUAGUCGAGGUGCUGAAAGGAGCAAGUCAAACAAUUCAAACAAUAUUCAGCUGGAUGCAAACAUUUUCCCACCUUGUCAUAGUCCUGUGGCAUGCAGAUCUGUGUGAUUGUUACCUCUCAAUUUUUCUGGUGUAUGUACUAAUCAGUCUUUUAGGUUCUCAUGCUUCUGUCCAGCAAAUCCUUCUUGCACAUUCUCCAUCUCUGCCUCAAAUGCCUGUCCACCUAAUAUUUUUCUCAUUCUAUCACUCUUAAAACUGUCUGAAAGGUAAUGCUGAAUACAGUGAGCCGUCUGGCAGUGUUCUUUCUGAAUUUUGGCUCCUGUAAAAUAGUUUCCAUAGUUUGUACUUUGAACAACUAAAACUUUCAUACUGCCAGUUGUUUUUCUUUCCUUGUAUCGUUAGAUCAUGCAAUAUAAUCAUUCUGAUGAAUGGCCUUGGUUUUUAAAAACCUGUCAAAAUGGGUGCAACCUUUUUGGAUCUUUCUAACUUCAAUGUAAUGUAAUCUGAAACUUUCUGGAGGAUCUUCUUCCACUCCUAUUUUGCAUUUCAUGAUUCCUCAGUUACCACCUGAAAGACUCACGCAGAUGUUUCACUAACCAUUUUUAUAGCCAGCUUAUUUAAAUAUUUCAUUGCCCCAC